AUGAGUAAAACGAACGAAACAUUUACAGAUCAAUGGUCGACAACAUUGAAUUCCAAGAUAUUGAAAUUCUUGAAAGUAAAAAAGUUCAAUAAAAUGACACCUGUUCAAGCUAUUACAAUUCCAUUAUUUCUUCAACAUAAAGAUGUUUGUGUCGAAGCGGUGACCGGUAGUGGAAAAACUCUUGCAUUCGUUGUGCCAAUUCUUGAAAUGCUCCUAAAGAAAUACACGAACGAAAGUCGAUUCGAUAAAUAUCAUAUUCAUUCGUUGAUUAUCUCACCUACACGAGAAUUAGCACAACAAACGUAUGACAUAACAAAUGAAUUUAUUCAAUCGUUCGAUGACCAGCAACGCUUUUCAUGUAUCAAAUUUGUUGGGGGAACUAAACAUGAAGCGGACGUCGAAGAAUUUCGACAACAUGGAGGAACGAUUGUUAUUGCCACACCCGGUCGAAUCGAAGAAUUAUUAAAAAUUAAAACUAGUUCAUUCAAUCUUAUCGCCAAUCUGAAAAGUCUUGAAAUGUUAAUCUUGGAUGAAGCUGAUCGUCUAUUGGACUUAGGAUUUCUCACAAGUCUUAAUACCAUUUUCGAUUCUCUACCGAAACAACGACGAACUGGACUGUUUUCAGCCACACAAACUGAUGAAUUAGAAAAACUCAUUCGUGCUGGCCUUCGAAAUCCUGUUCGAAUCACUGUUAAACAAACGGGUUCAGCUGCUAAUCAACGUACUCCAUCAACAUUGAAGAAUUUCUACAUGAUUUGUGAACCGAACGAAAAACUUAGUCAACUAGUACACUUCAUCAAUGAACAACGUCCAGCAAAGAUAAUGAUCUUUCUUUCAACAUGUGCCUGUGUGCAGUAUUUUGCUAGUGUAUUGAAACAUCUCUAUCAGUCAUCAACAUCGACAACAAUUUAUGCUAUGCAUCGAAAAUUGCGAAAUAAACGUACGACAGUUAUUGAACAAUUUCGUGCAGAAACGUCGACGACAACAACGGCAAUUCUUCUGUGUACAGAUAUUGUUGCGCGUGGUAUAGAUUUGCCUGAUGUCGAUUGGGUCAUUCAAUACGAUCCACCAACUACAGUUGUGCAAUUCGUCCAUCGUUGUGGUCGAACAGCUCGUCUCGGAAGACUUGGUAACGCAUUGCUAAUGCUUCUACCAAAUGAAGCUGCUUAUGUAAAUUUCCUUCUCAACAGCCAAAAAGUUCCGUUGACUGAAAUGACGACACCGGAUAUCAACACGAUCGAAAAUGUCAUACCUACUGUACGACAAUUAGCUACCAGUGAUAAAGCCAUUUAUGAUCGAUCAAAGCAAGCAUUUGUUUCCUACGUUCAAGCAUAUGCUAAACAUGAAUGCUCACUGCUGUUACGUUUGAAAGAACUAGAUCUAGGUGGAGUGGCCGAAGGCGCAUUCGCACUUGUUCAUCUACCGAGAAUGCCUGAGCUGAAAAAUCGGGUUAUAUCUAAUUUUAAUCAAGGCCAAACUGUUAAUGCUGAUGCGAUUCCCUACAAGGACAAGAGUUUAGCAAAGAAACGACAAAUGGAAAAAGAAGAUCCAACUUUAAAGCCGCAAAAACGUGUCAAAACUGUCGCUUUUUCGAUUCAAAAAGAAAAAAAUCUUAAAAAGCGUUUGAAACGUCUACGUCGUGAACAAGCAGAAAACGAACGAAUCAUGGGUGCGGAAGUCGAACGCGCUGAAAAUGAAAAAAACAUCGAUGACAUCGCCAAAGAAUACAGCAAACUAAAACGUUUGAGAAGAACACAAAGAUUCAAUAAAAUACAAAAAUCGAAAAGGAAUAAACGCAACGAUCUUGAAUUAAGUGAAGAUGAGCAGUUAUCCGAUAUGGAGUAA